AUGGCGGACCCCGUAGACCAGUGGCUAGAGGAAUCCCUAUCUCUUCCUGCCCGUCUGCAGAGGGAACUGAGGCUCAUGGCUCAGCUGGAUGCAGCCAGUGCAUCAAUCGAUGCAGAGGUCCGGCAACGCCAGGAGGAGUUUAUUCGUCGCCUGGAAGCCCUUAAGGCUGAAGGGAGUCCUCUCGUGUUUGAAGGCAUGGAAGAGGAACUCAAGCAAAUACACGAGAUGCAACGAAAGAGUCGGGCACUGCUGCGAGAAAAGGUGGAGAUAAACCGCCACGCCGCUGCUGUGCUACAUGCAGAGCAGCAGACCCUCGCAGCGGAACGUCAGCGGCUGCUCCAGAACCCCAGUAUUGCCGCUGCGGCAGCGGGUGUGGCAGCAGCAACGGAUGCGAUUGCCAUUGUAGCUGAUGGUGCAGGAAGCAGCAGCAGCACCUUACGGAGACGUGGAGGCAGCGAUCGCGUCGCUGCGGUUGGCAGCACAACAGGAGCAGCCCAGCAGCAGCAGCUCGUUGCUACAGGCAGCAAUAAUCACAGCAUGGAUCGAUCUCAAAGCAACAUGGUGGUUACAGGUGCAGCGCACGCGACACGCGGGUGGCCAGCUGCCGCUUCUGGUCCAUCACAGCGGCCACUGCAGCAGCAACACGUAGAUGACCCUGCAAUGCUGCAUCAUCAGACCUACAUGCAGCAUCAGCAGCUGCAAGUGCAGCGUCAGAUGCAGAGGCAGCAAAUGCAACAGCAGCAGAUGCAGCUACAGGCGCAACAACAGCAACAGAUGCAGCUGCAGCAGCCACAAUCAAUGCAGCAGCCGUUUAUGCCUCAGCAGCAGCUGCAGGACCCCCGCUGCUUCCCCACUUCUACAGCUUUCCCGCCAAGUCAUGGAAGCGAAAUUGGAGAAGGUAGCAGUGGUGGCUCCAAAUCAGCUCGGGGGAGACUCAGCAGCUCUGCUGCAGUGACUGGCGGGGGCCCCCCAGGCAGACAGGGGGCAACCGACGGUCCUCCACAUGGGGCUAUCCACUCUCGGCGAGGCAGGAAGGCAGCAGAAAACUCGCUGCUGCUGCGGCAGCCCAGCAGUAGCACAGCAGCAAGCAGCGCCAGUUCACCCCCAAGCGAGAGUUUUCGUGUUGCGGCAGCAGUGGGGACAUUAGGGGCCCCUCAGGCCACUGGAGGUCCCCAGGCCCCCCCAUCUGCGAAGUCGCAUGCAGCUACAGUACGGAAACAAAUGGGGGGUUAUUCAGCAAAAUCGUCGGGAACAGCAGCAAAUAAGAUGACAUCCCACGGCGGCGGAGGUGAAUCCUGGGAGGGCGUCUGUCCUGUGUGCCUCCGUGGGGAAGCCGCCACUGAAGUCAUUAAGAUGGUCGCUUGCGAUGCGUGCAAUCGCUGGUUCCACUUUGAAUGCGUUGGAUACGCAGGAGAGACCAGAGAAGAUGAUACUUGGUACUGCCCUGACUGCUAUCGUAGGGGUACCGCAUGA